AGCUUUUGUUUACGUGUGCUGUUCAGAUGCACGCCAGCACGCAGCCAUUAUCUUCAUGAUGCCAACGUGAGUGCGCACAACCAUGGUCGCGGUCAACCAAAGAGUAGCUCAGGUCGUGAGCAAUGUCCUGCUGUUCGGGCUGGUCUUCUGUAUGUCAGCCUCCGUGAACGCAAGGAGCAUCAAGCGAAUCCACAAGACGCAGCUGGCGCUGGGGUUGUCGCUGCAAUGGCUCCUGAUGCCCUUGCUCGGCUUCAUCUUCGUGAAGGCUGUCGAACCUCAGUAUGAGGUCGCUCUGACCGUCAUGAUCCUCACAAGCUCUCCGGGAGGCAGCCUUUCCAACUGGUUUUGUGCCAUCUUCAACGCCGACCUUCCUCUUUCUGUUGCCAUGACUACAUUGUCAACUAUCAUCAGCCUUGGGAUGCUCCCUCUCAACCUGUUGCUGUACACCUACCUGGCGUUCAAUCAGCGUGUAGACAUCAGCUGGUCUAUCCUACUUAUCACCAUUGGUGUUGUUAUCUCAGCAGUCACCGGAGGUUUGAUGUUAGCCUACUACAGUGGAGACAACCCCCUGUACAAGCAGAGGAGUCAGGCGAUAGGGUCGCUAAUCGGCCUUGCGAUCAUCCUCUGGUCUUCUCUUGUCACCACAGUGGAGACGAAAGCCCCUAUCCUCAAUCCUCAUUGGCAGUACUGGAUCUGCAUAUGCGGCCCCAUCCUAUGUGGUUUGUUUUUCUCCCUGUUCAUCGCCUCCAUUCCAUACUUCAACAUCCCAAGGCACACAUGUGUCGCGAUUGCAAUCGAGGUGUGUUUCCAGAAUGUGGCGAUCAGCUCUGUUGCAUCUAUGAGCAUGUUUGUGGAUCAAUACAGACGAGAUCUUGCUGUCAGGGUCGCUCUAACGUAUGGUGGAAUCGAGAUCAUUGUCUUGCUGGUUUUCUGCAUUGUUCUCUGGAAGAUGGACUGGAUGCUGGCGCCCUCCACCGACAGUAUCAUGAAAAUGAUCACCAACAACUAUCAGAUCGGGACGAUGUCUCGAGAGGAUGCAAGAGAGGAGAGGGAAGAAAGUUCCCAAGACGGGACCGAAGUCGCCCUGCCCAUCGAUACAAGUGCCCGCAGCGCCUCAGACUAUCUCGAUGAUGGCAAAGAGAACGGAGCUCAGGUGGAGCCUGAUGACGGGAAGGAAGUCUACUUGGAGACUCGUCCCAAUCCUCAUGAUGGGGAGAAAGGGAAUGCGACCGCUGGAGCGAAUGAAACCAUAACCGCCAUGCGAGCUUGUUUCGAAGCCUUGUAA